AUGGCGACGUACGAGAAGCGGCGGGCGGCGGCGGCGGCCACCCCGACCACGGCGGCGAGCAGCGGGCUGGGGGACGAGGAGGAAUUCCUGCUGCAAGCUGACGUCACCGCCAUGGUGCGGGAGGCGCUGCUGAAGGUGCUGGAGGCGCGGCCCGAAGAGCCUGUCUCUUUUUUGGCCGACUACUUCGAGCGGUUGGUGCUGGGCAGCUCCGGCGCAGCGGCCGAGGCGGCCGCAGAACUCUCGGGGCCGAUGCAGCGCCUGUCCCGGGCGCUGUGGUACGUGCGCUUGGCUCACCACUCCCACAGGACGGCGUUCAACAACAACAUCAGCACGGCCUAUGAGGUCCUGGGGGCCGGCGGGCGGCGGCGGAGGCUGGGCGUGGAUGGGCGGCUGUACAGUGAGCUGCUGCGGCGCAUCUGUCAGCACGGGGACGCACCCCAGGAGGUGGCUGCUGCGUUGCUGCAGAGGGUGCAGUGCCGGGACCACGAGGCUGUGCCCUUCGAUGUCUUCCGUUACGGCGUCCUCACCUGCUUUGUGCUGCUGGAGUUUGUGACCAAGGCAAGGAUGCUGUAUGAUGUCCUGGAUAACGGUGCCGGUGUGGCAGACAAGAGUGUCUGCCAAGCUGUCCUGUGUACGUUGGAGGAGGCACUGGGAGCCAGCAGCCUUUCUGUGCCUGUCCGUUAUCUGGAGGCAGGCUCCAGGUUGGGGCCAGACUGCUUGGCCUUGGCCAUGGACCGGGCACUGCAGGAGAGGAAACUCAGCACCACUAUGAGCAGAGAAGAAUUCCUGAAGAAAGCUACGGCCUUAUUUGUUGCAAAAGUGAAACCUGUUGAGUAACGUUCAGGUGGGAACAACAUUUGCUGGAUUCCCUACAUGGUUCAAACAGCACUUUGUGUCGAGGAGAAGGCUCUACUCCCUGAAACUGGCUGGGCAGCGAGGCUUGGGUGUGCAACUCAGGUGAGCCCUGAGUCUGCUUGAUGAGAGACUGCUGAUUUCCAUGCUCCAUUUCUUGCUCUGAGCAGUACCAGUGCCCACUCACCUCUAGAGCUUGAUGUUCCCAUGUCCUGGUGUGCCUCUCCUGAAUGUAGCUCCUCUAUUUCCAGCUGGCUUCAGUAAGCCUUUUUUUCAGGCAUUAAGUGGGAACUGUAAACUGUAGGGCAGUCUUAGUAAUUAAAAACAACGCAGAGUUAAUUAACUACGGGUCUGGAUCUCCUGUGAUGCCAUCCUAGCCCUGAUGAUGCUGUGUUUGUGCAGCCUCAGUGGGGAGCUUUGCCUUUACAUUUGGAUUGAUUUCAUCCCUGCCUCUGAAUGAUGGUUAUCUACCUUGCAGCCUAUUGUGACGACUCAGAGGCAAACACAGGGUUGAUAUGAAGCAUGAAAUAAAGCAUUACUUGACAGACAAAAUGUUUUAAAUGCAGAGAAGAUAAGUGGCUGGGAGGAGCUGCUUGCUGCUUGCUGGAAAGCUGUUGGCAAGCAGCUGCUCUCUUUCCUUGUUCUGUGUUUACCAAACCGCCUCCAGCUCUGCAAUCCAGAUGCUGGAGAUGAAGGUUCAUACUUGAAUAGUAAUUUUCCCAAGGAAAACUGUGGAGUGCUGCUGAUGUGGGACUUACAGCACCAAAAGACAAAAACAAACUUCAUUCCUUUAGAGGCCGCUUUGCUUGUGAGGUGUGUUGAGCUGUACGAGUAUUUAUUUGAAUUUAUCUCUUUUAAUUAUGCUGCGCAAUGAUUGAUGUACAGUCAAACAUUAAAG